CGACUGACAAUGGUGGUACAUCUAAGUGCAGAUAGCAAACGCAGCGCAUUCGUAACAAGCGUGGAAAUUCAAUUAGUCGAAACUUGAAAGAAAUGCUGAUCUAACAUAUAGAAGUGAUGGUGGGACGCUUUCUUACGGACAUAAUUGAUACGAAAAACGAAAAUAAGCGUUAGGUGGAAGACAGACCGCGACAUUGCAAACAUAUUAGGAAGACCUUGAAACGAAUCCCACGGGCCAUGCUGAAGAAAACACCUCCACCAAAAUAUUGUUGUUGAUGAACAGUAAUAUCAGCUGAAUUAUAAGCUUUAGUCACAUCGUGGGGGUGAACCGAGAAUUGAUAAGGAUUCAAAACGUAUGGCCGUACGCUCUCCGUUCUGAUAUUACCAAAAAUAACAAUGUGACUUUCGUGUUAACUAUGGAACAUGUUGAUAAGUGUUCAAUCUAAAGCGCUAAUUUAUACAAAAAGCUUCUUUGGAGCCCUGUGAGAGCUGAUCAUCAGCUCAGUGGUCUGGUAAAACUACUGGAGUAAUAAUAAUAUAAUAAUGAUAAUAACAGAGAAAAUCACUGCUUCAUAGAAGUGUCAAGGCCAAGUAAACAUAAUAAGGUUGUGCGAUCCGCCAUACCUAGCUAUGCCACUUGAGGCAAGUCUUAAAAACCUGUAUUUCUUGGCAUACGCAUCGCGGGGCCUGUAAACACGCGCUGUCCAUCGGACUGACAAUAUAUUUCUAACAUUCUCCUCGCACCGACAAUACUUCGACCGUCUGGCCAACUAAUUCUCUGAAAUGAGUUCUACAACUUUCAGAGUGAUUUCUACAGAGACGAGAAAUAAUUCAUGGUUCUUUUAUGGCUUAUUCAUGUCGUAACUCUUUAUACAGAAAUUGUGUCAGUUUCUAAAGGCAGACGCAUACCUACACUCCCUCUCACACACAUACAUUAAACAACGCAUAUUUAGAGAACUCCAAAGAAUAACCGAUCCUUUUAUGCUGAAAGGCUAUCAUAUACUUAUCGCUCACACGAUAAUAUAUCCGGUAAAACAAUAUUUGUCACAGCUACCUCAAUAUGACAUUUUUUCGUUUUAAUAGAUUCUUCAGAGACCAAGUUUCUGAGACGAUGGAAUUCUAGAAAAGUCUCUGAUUAUUUUUCUUCUUCAUAUUUCACUUCACAAACAUGAAUGUAAAUCAACACUGAACCUAAACAUUUUUACCAAGCUUGUGGACUUACAUUUUUAUCGCAGAGGUGCAGAUUUUCAUUUAUUUAUUUUGACAGUCUUUAUAAGUUUAAAUGAAAACAGGCAACAGCAUUCCCCUCUGCCCCGAACACACACACACACACACACACAAAAAGAAGUCCGGUUUCAAAACGAAAAGCAACUUCCGUUUCCCGUUACAUUCUUAUCACUAAACACAAACAAGCAGCUGGCGCUGGUGGGAUUUGUGCAGCUCUACAGCUAUAAUUAGAAAAGGGUUAUUUACCCGACUCGGAAAAUCAUAUUUCUGAAAAAAUCUUAAUCUUUAAUAAUACCCGGUUGAUUUCCUUCAGCGUCUUACAGCUAAGAACAAAAACUAAGAUAUUACUUAAAAUAGGGGACUUUGUGUUUACCAAAUGUGCUACGUUUCAUACUUAAAGUGUUUCAACUUUCCAGCAAGGACAGUAACUGUUUUAACUGGUGUUUGUAGUGACAAAUGUGAUUCUCUUUCCACAUACAAACUACUAGAAAUAAAAAUUAUAAACAAAAACUCGUGUAGAUAGAAAGAAUCCUAGUGUUUCCGUCGACAUUUAAUGUGACUACUGUGGUGAUUUUCAGUGUUGUCCCGAAUCUGUAGCCACAGAACAUACAAACAUGUUCCUUGACCUUAGAGAAGGUUUUACAGAAAAAAUGUUAAAAAAGGAAGCCUAAGCAUCCUGUAGAGCCGGUUACUGAUUAGGAGAUAUUUCGAGAGCUCCAAACAAGUCUCUAAGCCUAAACGAGAACUGGUCACCUUCCCUCAAAUCGGCCCGCUGGACAUCGUUUCUCUUGGAAAACCCGCAGCCGUAAAGAAGUGUGCACCUCGCCCGUCUGUAGUACCACCGCCCACCGCACCAACCCACCCUCGAAUUCACCCUCCUAACGAAAUAGAGAGAGAGAGAGGGUCCUGCGGAUAAACCUGCUUCAGUCCACCGCUAUACUCCGCGACACUCACAGACUUGCAUCACGGCGUCCAACUCCGAUACGAGACAGAGAACGCGAAGCCGCACCGAUCUGAACUUUUUAUAAGCGCGUCGAUUUGCCUCGAAUAUUUCCCAGCACAAAUGAACGCCAUGGCUUGCAGAGGAGACAUGGAACUUAUGGAGCUUUUUCUCCAGUACCUGGAAGGCAAUAUGGUCGGAACACUUGGCCCAGAUAUGCUGCUGGGACAAGAAUGUUUCACAGGUCCAGAAGUAGGAGAAGGAAAACCUGCAGAUCAUGCCCUAAUAUACCGAGGUGGAACAGUCACCAUUAUUGAAGCUGACGCUGAUGUCCUUGCAACUCGUGGUUUAACCCUCUACCCACAUGUCAACCUUACAACAGAGCACGCAUUGACAAUCACCAGGGCUUUAGCUACUCUUCAUGCAAACACACUCACUAUGCAAAAUUCCUCAAAAACAGAAAUGGUCCCUCAGCUUCAACAUCAAACUGAUCAAGUUAAAGACUGUGAUACAACUAAUACUUCCAACUACAGUGAAGAGAAAACAACUACUGAAGAGGAUACAAAUUCAAGUAACAGGAUCCCUGUGGUUGAACCUGGAUGUGUCAAAGAUCCAUGGACAGCACAAGUGACUCGUUUACAUGUAGUUGAAUCUAAUCUAUCAAUUCUGGUAGAUGCUUUACAAUGCUCUGGUAGUAAUCAAAGAACUGUACGGAGACUUGAGGCCCUAAGCUCUGACCUUCCAACAUUAACUCAGUUCCUACAGUUUGCUUCUGCUAUGCAAACACAAAGGAUACCGAGUGUUGGUCCCAUAUGCAUGAAAGAUGUAUGGAUUGCUAGCGGGGAUGAGGAAGAAGAAGUAUUGGCAGUGAGAUUUAGAGGAGGUAAGGACUUGCAGGGACCGCCACUGCGUGAUGCUGCUUGGGUAUGGCUAACUCUCCUUGGUGGAGAGAUGCUUAGAGAACGUUACAUGGAACUUUGUGAUGAGUACUGCAAUGCUUUCAACAAAGUACUCCUUCGUCAAGAAGCACCAAGUGACAUUGAAGAAAUAUCAUACUUUGAUGUAAUGAGAGACUUAGGAGAGAAUUUCUUGCAUGCAUUCCUGACCAUUCUUCACAAGUUUGUGGUAUCUGGUACCUGGUUCUUUGACCGACAAUUACACACAGAUGAUGGCCUUCAAGCUCUAGCAGAUGUAAUAAGUUUCUUGGUUGAUAAUGGUAUUGUUGGUUCCAUAUUUGUUAUCUGAUAUUUAAUAAGUCCCUUAGAUGGUAAGAUAUUCUUAAAAAAUUAUGGCCACCAUUGUGACUAUUAGAGAAUUUAUACCCAUCCUGUCAUUUUACAUCAAUUAAUUCACAUCUUUUCCUAAAAUUUUUAUCUAACUAACAUUUAAACUGUAAGUUAUUUAAAAAAAUAUAUAUAGUCUAUGUAAACUCAUUUGGAUUUGUUGUAAUACAGUUCCACAGCCAUUACAGCUUUCAGAGAAAAAACUUUGCUGGCUACUUUUUGCAUAUUUAACUUUGUAAGCUAUCAUAGAAAGUUGCACUAUAAAUACUGGAACCAUUACCAAGGCUACCUAACAAAAUAAGCACAACCAUGUGAUACAUUAUGAACUACAUACAAAGCACAUUAAAGUUUACAAUGUACAUCUACUAUAGCAUUGUGUUGAACUAAGUCUGGUCCAUUUUACAGAACACUGAUAAAAGAUUGAAUGUAUCCCAAUGAGAGAUGUGUCAGAUAUAAUGGAUAUAAAAAAAAAAUCCAAUUAUCAAGAAUAAAUGAGGAGAGCAGAUGAAGCAUGAGAUUAUUUGCAGUAUUAUGGAUGCCCUUCACUUAUAAUUCUUGAUACAUUACACUUUAUAAUGAUGUGAAUGCCCUAUCAAGUUUAAUGCAGUAUUAUCAUAAUUAAACUCAAGGUUAUAGAAUAAUAGUUCCAAAGAACAUUCCCAUGUACUGUAUAACAAACUUCAUUUAGAAUCAGUUUAGAAUUCAUCUGUUCACUCAUCAACAGCCUGAUGAUAUCUCUGCUUUAGAGAAAGAAUACCUACGGGUAUGCGCUCCUGAAAAUAUGGGGAAAAUAGCUAUAAACUCUGCCUUACCUAUUCCAAUGAAAUAUUUCAAAAUCCAUUGAAUUUAUAAACCAGUGCAAUAAUUUUGUGCCCACUUCAAAACUAUGCAUUAAAAAUCAAACAAAACCCUCAUAAGUAUUAUUAUAAGGUUUGUUACAGAUGACUAGUGUUCAGCCUUAAACUGUUAAUGUGUAUAAUGUAUAAAUAUAAGGUUUCAAAUUGUUUUGUACAGUAUCAUGCAUCAUCAUGUCUUUAACCGUUUUCAACUGUUAUAUAUUCAUCAUUCAUAAUCAUCUAGAAUUAAGGUUAGCAUAAUAACGAAUAAUGACAAAACGAACAGUUAUGAUAUUAGCUGUUAUAUUUUAGCUUUAAGCAGUUUCUUCAAUUAAAUAAGGAUGAGGUUUCAUCCCUGGUUGAAUUAAACAUCUUAACUCAACUGUAUCUACUAAAAUCCGUUUACGUAUCCAUUUAGAAACUAUCACAUACAAGAACACUUCAUUCCUCAGAGACUGUCUCCUAUUCCAUUCUUUCUCAAGAGUUCUACAAAACCCCCAUUACCCCUAAGUACUGAUGGUUUCUGAAACAUUUCUCUGUUCACAUAUGUAUGUAUAUAUUCAGAGCAUAAAUAAUCUAUUUAUAACCCACAUCUUCAUAAGACAUUGAAUCUCAGCAAUGCAUUGUUGAGGAAUUUAAAAUCCAUACUGGUAUUAUCUUCAUAGUACAUUGUAUUUUAAUAACAUUAAAACAUACUUGUAACAAGUGAUAUUAAAAUAAUAAAAUAAAUCCAUUA